AUGUUAGCAAGGAGAUUCAUGAAGAACAGUCUUGGACGAGUCAAGAGUUAUGAAAUCGCAAAAAAAAGCAUUAACAUGAAACCAAGGUUCAUUUCAUUUAAUUCAAAUAUUGACAAAUUCAAAAUAAAACCAACCCCACCAGGCGGUGUAAUUGGCGAUGUUAAUCAGGCAUAUAAGCCACCAGAAGCAGAUUACUUUCAUGGAUCGUACCAUUGGCUUUAUGAAAGAAGUAUAGCAGUUGCUUUGCUUCCUUUAUCCAUAUACUCUAUAUUUACUGCAGUUACUGGGGGAGUCGCGUAUCCGAUGAUAGAUGUUACCACUGGCCUCUCUGCAUUGUUUUAUUUACAGUACGAAUAUUUAAGUUGUAUCACAGAUUAUAUACCAAAAAGGAAGUUUCAACUAUGGCAUAAUAUUGCAAAAUCAUUGUUAUACUCUGGUUCUGCAGUAGCUGCAUAUGGUUUAUAUGAUAUUCAUACAAAUAAUAACGGAUUUACUAACUUGAUAAAAAAGACAUUUGUGGAUGACGAAUCGAAUUUAUAUAUAUUUGGAAGAUAUUGA